AUGUUCCAGCCCCAGUCUACACCGUUUUCCUCUUCGUCUUUCUUUUCCUCCUUGCCAUCAUCCCAUGGCAUAGAUUUUGCACCACUUUUUGGUUUACCACAACCCGCACAUGCGGGAGAGAGAGAGUUUAGCCCCACACAUGCAGGACACCAGCAGCAAUAUCUUGCCCAUACGGGUGUCGCCACUGGCUCUUUGUCAUCCUCGUGUGCCACUGACGCGCUCCACCCACAGCAACAAUACCACCCGGGCCAACAGCUUCCACCACGGCCACCCUCGGAGCUCUCGCUUGUUGCCAACCGUCAACAGCAGCAUUCGCCGAGCAGAUCAGCACCAAGUAUGGAGGAGUCAAACAGCCAUGAUAUGGCUGCGCAGCAAGAGGCAGCAAAGGACUAUCGGCCGAAGCUUCAGGCACUACCCCAAACAUACUCACACUAUCGUCCUAUAAGAGGCGAUGGCAACUGCGGUUGGAGAGCAAUCGGGUUUUCCUACUUUGAGAGUCUCAUUGAGCGUGGCGACCAAGCUCAGAUUGAAGGAGAGUUUGCGCGCUUGAAGAGUUUGAACCAUUUGCUGGCAACAGUUGGCGAGUACAACUACUUCGAAGACUUUGCCGAUGAAGCCUUUGAUCUGCUUCGCGAAAUUGCAAGAAUCAUCGACAAGCCAGCCGCUGCCCACGCUUUACUCCAUCAGAAGUGGAAUGACGCUGCUGUGGAAGGCAGCCUCAUAUUUUAUCUCCGGUUGUUGGCGGCAACUUUUUUAAAGGCAAAUGCAGAGACAUACGCGCCUUUCAUUCCCGGAGGACAGGGUGUUGAUGAAUACUGCAGCCAUAAUAUUGAGACAGUUAAUCGCGAGAUUGAGCAGCUAGGCAUUGUGGCAUUGGUCAACAUACUCCUGAAACCUGUCAACUUCGUACUGGAAAUUGCAUAUCUGGAUCGAAGUACAGGAAGCCAAGUCAACCAGUAUCGUUUUCCCGAGGAGGCAAAUGGCAAGGAUGCCUCAUCAUUGGGUACAAUCAUAUAUCUCCUUUAUCGACCUGAUCAUUAUGACAUCUUGUACCGAACGCCGACGGUAACGACCUCUCCGCCACCUGUGUCGUUGCAAGUAAAUCGGGUCACGGGGUUUACACACAACACUGCAUUUAACACCACAGGUGCUUCAAUGGGCGCUUUCUCCACCGUGGACUUUGGUGCUCUGAGCAUGAUACCUGGCUUGAGCACUGGGUCUUCAGAUGGACUAGCGGGUUUGAUGUCCAUGCCAGCGGUGACGGCACCAACUAACCCUAUUAUUGGAGAUGCCUUUUCUUCGAGCCAACAGGCAGUGUGGAUGCCACAAUAUGGGACGGACAUACAGUCGACCAAAGGAGAGUCCCCCGCACAGCCACCGCCAGCAGUUGCGACGGUCCAGCAUCCUUCACCAUCUCCCCUUCUAACACCAACCACACCAAUGAGCUCCAAUGCCCCAAUGAUGCCUCCCUCUACAAACAUGGGCCCUCAACAACUCCCUCCACACAUGGCGACUCCCGGAGCCACAGGAUAUCCGAUACGUUUCAGCACCCAUCAGCUCGAGUAUGAAAAUAACAGCUUCCCCGAGCCCACCUUCCAGGUAACAACGAACACUUUCAAGAAUAGUGUGUGGAACAGGGCUCACUAUGGGAAUCCUGACUUCCAGCCGGAGGAGUGGAACCCUGAAGAGGAUGGCGCCGAGAACCGACUGGCUGGAAAGCGAAAAGUUAGAAAGGACUCGUCUUGA